GAAACAUCCACAUUACGCAGUAUACACUUAUUUGCAAUAGUCAAUAAUACUGGUUUGGAAACGUGUUGUAAGUUGAUUGUUGCCAUUCGCAGUGUACGAUUAGCAACAUAACUUUCACAACGUAGACUAUCUUUCAUUCAAUCACGUUACGUUGGUGUAGACUAUUCUGACUGUCUUUGUCCCACAUACUGGGACGAAGCAUAUCUAACGUUAUCACCUUAAAUCUAUUGUAGAUACGUUGAUAUAUUUCUGUUUGGCUGUUCAACCAAAAGAGAUACAUUCACCUAUAGUUUAUCACUCGAUAAUCUAAUACUAUGCAGGAUCCUGUGAUCGUGCCUGAGAGCUCGACUGCGAGCAAUCACUUCAAUGCCAUCGAUCCGAGUGCAUUCUAUAUGAAUUACUCUAAUCCUUAUGGAGCCAUGAGCCAGUAUAUGGGAGUACAGCCAAAUAUACCAAUGCCUCCGCAACAGGCCCAGAUGCUUGCUCAGAUGACCAUGAUGGUGCAGCAGCAACACUUGCAACAACAACAGCAACACCAAUUGCAACAGCAACAUCUACUACAACAACAAACGGAUGCUUAUAACCAAAUCAAGAGUAAGCCUUCACUGACUCCUACUCAAUUAGUACACAAGGAAAAGCCUUAUGCACCCGAGUCACCUUCGUCUUCGACGUCCGCAUCCGCUUCACAAGCGUCCGAUUUCGCGUCGAUGCUAAAUGAUACGUCUCUGCUGCCCUUUACGUUCGACGAUUUUGUUACUGAUCCGUGUCUAUCCCCAAAGUCGUUCUCCUCGGCUGGGAACUUUCACGUACACGCACAGUCACUUGGGGCGGCAACUGCAAAUGCUAACCAUAUGUACUACGGUUUGGGAUCAAUGGCGAUUCCUACGCCGCCUAUGGAUGCCAGUAUACACGGUUCACCUGGGAGUAUGCAGGGACCAGAGUCACCUGAGAGCCAAUCGACCGGACAGUUGACCAACAAUCCAGACCAAGAAUCCGUUCCGAAAACCUCCCCGAGAGGUUCUAUCGCUAAUAAGCCCAUUGAUAUAGUUCCGGUAAAUAAACCUGUGGGAGCAGAGAAACGCAACCUUCACCUCGCGGCAGAGCAAAAAAGGAGAAACCAGAUCAGAAACGGGUUUCAAGAUUUGCAGAAUAUGAUUCCUGUGAAAGGACAAGCGGGUGCAAGUGGGAAGUUUAGCAAGGCCACUGUGCUACAUAAAGCUGUGGACUAUAUAAGUUACCUGAUGAGAGAAAAGACAGGUAUAAUGACUGAAAUAGAUAAGGUCAGGAAAGAAGUUCAGCAUCUGAGAGAGAUUAUUACCGAGUACCAGGAGAUGGUGAAAUCGGGUGCGGGGAGUGAAGAGUUAGACGCCAAAUUGGCUUCCAUGCAGACCAAGACGAGGCAAAUGCAGAGUCAAGACGGAGCCAAGUAUCGGGACUCUGACUCACGGGAUAAUUUUGAACAGAACGCGCGAAAUUACGAUACAGAAAAUAUCAAGUUCUAUGUGUUCUGCUGUGUAAUAGACGCUCUCUUCGAGUCAUUCAACGAGAUUGUUUCGCUAGAGAACGCCGAAGAUUUCUCGCUCUCGCUUAUGUCUUGGUUUGAGCAAUACUGCACCCCCGAUACGCUGAGGACGACCUUCGUUGAUAGCAUGCAGACGAUAGUUUCCCGCCUGUUUUCAGAGGAGCAAACGAAAACUUUACGGCGUGUGAGUGGAGCCAUUACGGCCUGCAAGGAAGUCAUGGUGACUGCACUGGACAAUUCAAGCGUUCCAUAUGCAAAGAAACUGGGACGUACGAUAGACUACGUGGGCUCCAUCUGCUCGUUAGAUACACUGGAAUCGAAUUCUGUUCUUCGCGUUAGUCCGGCGAACGCUUCAAUUUGAAUACUGUUCGAAGGCAGCGAACCGUCAAAUAGUAGCAGUGCAAAAAAAAGAGUAUGAGACAGUGGCAAACCGCCUUAAUAACUGCUAAUGUGCAACAGCAAAAACGUAUUCGAUAUAGCGAUAGCACUUGAAACGAAGCAUACUGUGGGCAACUCUUGCAUCUCAACUGGGACCACUUGAGGCUUGAGAAAGUUAUAGCUAGACCUGCGGUGUGCUGCAUUUAAGAGUUUGGUCCGGGCUCGGUGUUCACUACUAAUUGCCUGAGUCGUCCUUUGGCCCCCCCAAAAAUACCCUGAUUUAAACUAGACGUACUUACGUAGAAUAUAGCAAAUAAGCUUGUACGUGCAUAUAUUUGCGUACAAAAGAAACCGUACAUAUCUAUCUAAAGGAUAUGAAAACAAAGCUUGGCACAUAUACCAGGCUGACUUCUUGAAAAUAAAAGACACGGAAUAUUAUC